AUGCAUGAUCCGAAUUGGUAUAAUCGGACAUUGGAUUGGGAGGACACGUUGGCCGGUGGAUCACUAUUUGGAAUAGGUUCAGUAUCGAUAGUACUGUAUGUAAUGGUUAUGAAGAUUAUGCGACGACAAGAUAAGGAAGUUGUCGGUUAUCGAUUUUUAAUAUCGGCCGGAUUUGCUGACGUAUUGUUGUUAUUUAACUAUGGCGUAUGGCCAGGAUUAACGAUUCUCUUCAAAUCGGAGAUUAUCCCGAAAUGUGCACGACAUUGGCUACAGCUCUAUCUUGAUUGGGCAUGGUUUUCAAUGGUAUGGCAUUAUGCGGUUGUUGGAUGGUCACGUUGGUCGGCGAUACGUACACCGCAUACGUUCCGAUGUCAACGUAGACGUUACUCGUACGCGUUGUGCGGUUGUUGCUACGUUGUUGCCUUAGUGGAGGUACUAGCUACACAUUUUCAACCAUGGUACGUCACUUUCUACUAUGAACCAUCAUCAUAUGGGAUGUUAGCCGAAGAUUUUGCUCUCUACCUCUCCGGUGGACAAUCGGCAAUGUUUCUCACGUAUCAUGUGGCCGCCAUUAUACCACCGAUUAUUUUUUACACAUGGUCGUUAGUUUUGCUCAUUAAUAGACGUCGUACAGCAAUCAAAUCGCAUACACAUAUACACGUAGCUCAAAGUAAUAUUGAAAGCAGGUUACUCUUGCCAUGUGUCAUUAAUAUGAUAGUAUUUAUCGCUGGUCAAAUCGUUAUCACUGUUGGUACGGGUGAAGGGAAAUGGGCAGGAUGUAUGGUAAUGCUUGUGUUCUGCACCAAUUCCGCUCUAAAUCCACUACUUCUACUUUUAUGUUCGGAAAGCAUCAGGAAACAGCUGCUUAUCACAAUAGGAAUCAGGAGAUCAUCAUUCAGUCAUCCAGAAAAAUGUUCAUCAAUCAUUUAUAGGAACCCGAUUAUAACCAGAAGCAAAGAGGAAACAAUACAAAGUCCUCUUAUGGGUGUUCAAGUUCGACUAAGCCCAAGUCCAUCAAAUUCCGAACCGUCAACACAUUUGUAG